UUCCAACCCAAAGCCACUUCUCUCUUGAAUCUUCAUUCACACAAACUGAUUUUUCUUUUCUCUUCACAUUCUUCUAAAUUUUGGCCCCUUCUUCCUCAAUGAUACCAGGGCCACUCGGAAACACAACAACAACAACAACAAGUGUGCAUAAUGGAGGGCCAAGAUCUCUCGCCACCUCGCAUGGACACAUCUCGACCGUCCCUCGGCUUCCCCUUGGGCACUGCCCUCCUCUUGAUCAUCAUCUUCAGCCUCAGCGGCAUCUUCUCUUGUUGCUACCACUGGGACAAGUUACGCUCCUUCCGUCAAUCUCUUUCUCAUCCCCACCCUGCUCCCUCCCACACCCAAUCCCAACCCUACACGGAGGUGAAGCAAAGCAAGGGUGAGAGUUUGCCGGUGUUGAUGCCUGGGGAUGAAGUGCCUAAGUUCAUAGCCAUGCCUUGCCCGUGCCAACCUUCCCGGCCGGAGACUAUCGUUGUCACCGUCGAGAAGCCGCCGCACAAACCGCCGCUCGUGGUGGCGCCUUUGUGUUAAUUAAUUAGCAUCAGAAGCAUGUUAAUUAAUUGUCGAUGCUGUGUUACAGUGUAUAUAUAUGCAUGUUGCCACCAUUUGUUCUAUGACCCGCUGAAGACGGUAAGGCUUAGAGAGAGGGAAAAAAAAAUCUAAAGAUUAAAGGAUGUAUAGUACCAGGUCAAUUCCCAGAUUGCAUGUGACCACUUCAUUUGAUUCCAUAUUUGUGUUGUUCUUCUAUCUAUGUAAUUAUUAAUUAAUUAAUUUAAGUUACUUAAUUAAACCUUUCUUAUUUA